AUGUACCUGCCACGGACGCACGACAUGGUCUGUCCGACUGUUGGCAUGCCUCGAAAAGGGAUCGACCAAAGGGAAGCAUUUACACGGCCGGAACAGGACGCGGCAGCAAUCGACGACUCGCGAGCGAGUCGAUCGAGACAACGGAUGAGACGGGCGCGGGAGACGGGAAGGAGUUGGGAACCGGACACGAUCAGCGACCCCCGAGAUCUGACAAGAUGUUGGUACUCAGACAGAAUGCGGCCAGAGAGGGGAGAGAAAAGGGUGGCUGCAUUGCACGAAGCGAGACCUGUGCCACCACAGACGAAUGAACCUUCCUCAAACAGCGCCAAACAGACCUGUCAGGCAUUCAGGGAGGGGGCAGAAGAGCACAAACACAGUCGAGACGUUUUGGUAACUCGCAUUUUACGCCCGUUGGAGCCGUCGUCCGUUGUGUCCGCCUUCCCCCGUCUACUCUGCAUUCAUUAG